CAAUUGUUCACGGCAACUAAAGCUGCUGUUCAGAUCUGUUGUCCAGUAGCUGGUCUCAACAGGGGGUUUGAUCUUCCGAGAAACAAGUAUCAGGCUACCAGGCCAUCAAGAUGGCGUCCUCUUCCAAGCCAGCGACAUCUCUCCUCUACGCCUGCAUUGCCCAUAGAACGACCAUUCUCGCGGAACACUCCUCCCCAGGCACCUCGUCCACCUCCGCCUCCUCGCUCGCCUCCAUCAUUCUCCCCAAGAUAAGCCACCAAUCAGCCCAAAAGCUCACAUACACCCAUGACCGACUCUUCAUACACUACAUCGCCGAUUCUCCCUCGGCAUCGGCCUCCUCCUCAGAACCCGAUUCGCACGCCCCACUCAGCUAUCUCGUCGUAGCCACCGCCGAGCUGGGCCGCCGCAUCCCCUUUGCCUUCCUCCUCGAAAUCAAGCGCAAGUUCCUCAGUGCAUACAGCCCGGAAAGCAUCGACUUCGGCUCCCUGCCGGCGUACGGCUGUGCGGCAUUUAACAAUGAUCUGCGCGCUCUGCUGCAGCAGUACAACACGGCCCCGCCGUCCGAUUCCCUGGCGUCUGCGCGCAAGGAGAUCGACAACGUGCGGGAUAUCAUGACGGAGAAUAUCGAGCGGGUGCUGGAACGUGGGGAGAGGAUAGACUUGCUUGUGGACAAGACGGAUCGGUUGGGCAGCAGUGCGAGGGAUUUCAGGGUUCGGAGCCGGGAUUUGCGCAGACGGAUGUGGUGGAAGAAUGUAAAACUGAUGGCGUUGCUGGCGGUGGUUGUGCUGUUUUUGAUAUAUCUGUUCGUAGGCAUUGGGUGCGGAUUGCCUGCAUGGGGAAGAUGCGUUGGGAAGAAGGAGUAGAGGAGAAUGGUUUUCUUCGGUGUUGGUGAGGCUCAUGUUGUUCUAUUUUUGAUUGAUAUCCUAUCCCAUCUUCUUAAUCUUCAUCUCCAUUUCUAUGUUAUUGUCAUGUACGGACUGGAAGCAAGCUCUCUGUUUGUUUUACAAGAGUCUUUGAAGAAUCAAAGAGUAUCAGCGUUUU